CGCGCGUCGCCGUUGCCAGGAGACGGGUGAUGGCGGCGGGAUACGGAGCGGGGCAGUACGAGGACGCGUUCGGCACCCACCGCCUGCAGAACUGGAGCGUGCCCCUGCCGGGCCCGAAGCCCCCCAAACAUUCAGAGGGCUCCACACCCAUCGUCGUCAAUGACAGGGGGCAUCUGCUCCCCUCCGUACCCCGCUCCCAGGCCUCCCCAUGGGGCUCGUUCGUGGGGACGUGGGAGAUGCCGUCGAGGAUCCCGCCGGCGUGGGUAGACCUGACAGCCCGUUCGGCCGCGGCCACCGAGCGGCUGCUCCACCGCAUCCAGCGGCCCACGGAGCUGAGCUGCGCCCGCAACGGGCUCCGCACCCGGGUCACCGGCACGAGAAAACCAUCCGGGAACGGGGCCUGCCCUGAUGCCAAAGGGAUCCCGGAGCUCCCAGCGCCCCCUUCCCACCCCGAGCCUCAAUCCCGAGCGCAGGGAGCGGAGGAGCAGCGGGGAGUGGAGGAAACGGCACCGGGUUCCUGCCCUGACCCCCCCCGACACCUCCCUGCAGCCAUGAACCCCAGAGGAGACCCCCUGCACCCCCAGGAGUGAGGAAGAGGAAGGGGUGGAAGGAGCCAGUGCCGUGGUUUAGUGGCGAUUGGGAGAAUACAGGUUUAAAACAGCACUAAUAAAUGCCCGUGUUCAGGAUGAGCCAUGGGAUGGCUCCAUAAGCAGGGGAAGUGGCUUCCAAGUGGGAAGCAAGAGGUUGGAAGCCCAAAGACAUUGGUUUCCGUGCA